GCUGACAGCAGCAUAACCUCUCAGACGCAAGACUGUGAAUUGCUCGGUCUUAUGGUCGGGACAUAUUUUACAUUUUUACAAUCCAUCAAUGUGUCAAUUUUCGGGAAAACAAUAACUUUAUACGAUGAUUACAAGUUUUUUUAGAAAUACUCAAAGAAGACAAUUCUGGUCCACGAGUGACAUAUGCCGUUUGUUUGUUUAUAACUUGUAUGACGUCACAUCAUAGCCUAUAGUGUUUCCACCUUUUCGUAUUAAAUGAUAAAUAUGCUUUUUUAAAUUGCACAUAUAUAUGUGGAUAUAUAGCCAUCUUGCGCAUUUGAAAAUUGAAAUCGAUAUUUUUCGUUUUAUUAAGGGAAAUACUGGAAGAAAUACUCAUUUAUUUUAGCCUAUUAGUUUAGGGCUUAUACUUGCACGUGAUUUAUGUCAGGCGACAGUGUCACUCGGCAGUGGUCGACACUCGUAUCUCGACGUAACUCAAUUUGUUAGUGAUAUUUGUGAUUUUCUAACGGGUAAACCUUUAAUCAUCAGACUAAUAUCACACGAUCUGUAUAUACUGUUUAUUUAUCAUGGAAUGUGGUAUUUAUAGUGUAGCCAUGACGUCAGUAAUUAAGGUUAGGCAGAAAUACACUGGCACUGGCGGAGUGAACAUAAAUAUUGUCAAUAAUGGUACUCAAAUUAGCAUAAAAUAUCAGCAACCUGUUGAGUAGUAAGCGUGGAGCUAUGAGUGCGUCCGACGCCGAGGCCUCCCUGCGUAAGGCGUCUAUGGGCAGCGGGCCUCUGUGGUGGUCCUGAUGUAUCCGGCGGAACUAAUGGAGAUGGAGGGGGAGGGGGCGAAGGCGGCGCCCCAAACGGGGCCCCAUUGCGGCUUAGCUUUCGCACCGACGGCAGACAAGUACCGUGGGACGCGGCGUUGGUUGGAGGUACCACUUUGUAUGUCGCCAUGCCUGAAAAGGUACCACCUGAGGGCAGCAGGGAGGCAUUCGUUGCACUGUUGGACGCGGCUGAAGAGAAGCUGCGAUGCAAACAUGUUAUCGUGGUGUUCUCCAAGGACCGUCCAGACAGAGCAGUGGUGGUGCGUACAUUCAUGUUCCUCGGUUUCACGGUGCUAUCACCAAACUCGCCAUUGGUACCACCUCAACUGGCCAAAGGCAACAUCUGCAUGCUCUAUAACAUCGAGUAAACAGCCAUUCAAACAACGUCUCAACAUCAGUUCACGGCCCAAACAAUUCGACACUUUGGUUUGAGGAGAUUGCAAUCUCCGAGUACAAAAUUGUUAGACUUAAUAUAAAACACUUUACAAGCAUCAUAACCUAUAUUUAAUCGUCAUCAAUCUAAAAAAAUACUGUUUGUUAGACGAAUUUUAACUGAAAAUUUUAAUCUCUUGUUUUACAACAUCAAGCAUAGAAUCAACAGUUUGUAAAUAUUUGUACUCGAGAUACAGUCCCCUUGAUAGUGCACCUUUUGAAAUAUUCUUGCAAUAUACACAAAAAUUGUGAUGAAAUGUCUUUCACAUCACUUGCUAUACUUCCAAUCAUAUUACUACACCACAGACUGAGACAUAUGCUAGAGAAAUACUGUAACACACUGUAUUCAUAUUCUACCGAUGCCAUUGUGCGUUUUACAUCUGCUAAUAUCAUCCUCACAUUGACACAUUUUCACAUUUUUUACUGUUUUUAAGUUCUACCUAUCACAUCAGAUAAUUACUAUUCCUAGCGCAGAAAUGGACACUCGACAAAUAUACAAAGGGUAGAGUUUUUAUUCCCCUAAUUGUAUUAUACCAUUCGUUUGUUGCAGUAUAUCUCUCUACAUUCUGAUGUAUCAAAAAGUGCACCUUUCAAACGUACGUCGAUAAUUUUGUAGCGCUUCUAACAGCUUUACAGUGUAUCGUAAAUGCUUGAACAUUUUAGUUGUUACGGCGCUCGAUUCUACACAUUCAAUUUUAUAAACACAAUCUUCUAUUAGUUUCUAGAGAUACGAUUCAGUUUGGAUUGUUCAAGGUUGUGUUUCUGAAAUGUGUUUCUGUAGGUAGUGUAUUGGUUUAGUGUACGAUGUAUUGAUAGCAGUUGGAAUAGCAUAACACUUUAAUUAAUAGACACUUGUCAUUUUUAUGACGUUACCCGCGUGUUUCUGAAUACUGACAAAAACAUAGUAAUGUUCUUGAAGAAUACAUAAAAGUGACGUUGGCACUGAUUUGAAGCAAAUGGAUCAAGGAAAUACCUAUAUGGCCAAAACGUGAUGUUAUAAUUUCCUUUUUGUAUAAUUUUGUUAGGAUGCGCGGAUUCAUGAACAUCAUUAUUUUAUUGACUGACGCUUUCGGUAGUUGGAAAAUUGACAACUUUUCAACCGUCAAUUUUCCACCUGUUUGAGAAGUAGACGUUUCUCAGGUUUUGUAAAGCGUUUUACGAGCAUCCUACCAAAAACUUCUUUGGUUCAUAAAGGCCAAGAAAACAUUAGAAUUUAUGAGUUACCUGGAAACUCGAUGCCGAGCACUCGGUUUGAGGUAAUGCUACAGAUUGGAAUUUCGUCUGGCAUUGCUAAGGAAAAGUGAAUCAUUGGGAGACCCACCACAGUAUUACACUUCAAAUAUUCAAGUAUAAUGCUGAAGCUUUUGUAAUCAAUCUUGAUUAUGAUCAGACUUAUAGUUAUCUUGACUAGGAAGGGCAGAAAUGAGAAGAGGAAGAAAAAAAUAACUUGUGGUUAAUCCAGUUACUCAACUUUCUGAAACAGCAACAUUUUGGGUUUCAAUGGUUCAUGUUGUUAAACAUUCAAUUUGUGUGGUCUUAUGGAUUUGUCUCUAUUUUAACUUGAAUCUGUACGUAAUCUGGCUUCACUAAUACAAUAUGGUAUGAAGCUUGCAUUAUUUUCAGAUGAAGAUGGGGUGACUCAGUGUCAAAAUGCCACAUCAGUUUUACUUUUCGAACCGUAAUCUAUAUGUAGUGGAUUCCAACUUCGUUAUUCGAUAUGUUUGGUAUGUUUGAAGUAGUGUUAAUCUAGGAUAUUAGUUCGUAUAUAUAUUCAAUAUUUAGAUGUUUACAUAGGGCUGUGAACUAACCUGGACGUGAAGAUGUAGUCAGUGUGAAAGCAUAAGCUGCUAUAUAUAUAUACCUAUAUUAUACUAUAAUCUAUAAUAAAAACAAAAAUAAAAAUGGCAAAAAACAAAAACAUGAAUUAAUGUUCCAAUUUCUUGUGUUUGAAAUACUUAUAAUUGGCUUAGGUUAACGGACAGUAUCUAAAAGAUUUUUCAUUUUUCUGUUUGUAGUGUUUUGGAAUGAGAAGAUAUAUUUGGUCUUUGUCGAAGCACUCGUUUGUCAUUUAUUGAAUACCCAGUUUUCAAAAUUAAUUUUGUGCUGAAUGUUUUUUUUUAUUUUAAUCUGGCGGUUUUUGUAUAGUUUGCCUUUUAUUUUUACUAGCAUUUACAUUAUUAUUGCCUAUUAUCCAUAUUAAAUAAACUUUCAUUAGUUAUUUUAUA